AUGUCAGGACGUAUUGAUACCCACAUUCACGCGCUUCCUCCGGCUUACCUUUCAGCGGUGAACGCCGCAGGAGGGGAUCCUUCCGGGUUUCCAUCGCCUGAGUGGUCUCUAGAUGAUGCUCUCAAGCUGAUGGAUAACAUCAGCACAUCAAUAGGGAUACUAUCAGUUUCAGCCCCCGGUGCAUCGAUCGCGGGAAGUGGUGAAGACGGACGAAAGCUUGCACAUACCUUGAACAACGACCUCGCAGACCAGAUCAGCAAGUCAUCAGCAGGGAGACGCCUUGGGUUCUUUGGAAUCCUACCUGACUGGCAAGACGUCGACGGCACAGUUUCAGAAAUCGAGUUUCUUUACCAGCAACAGAAACUCUGCCACGGUGUAACCGUCUUUACCUCGUACGGCGGCAAGCUCCUCGGUGAUCCAGUCUUCAAGCCCAUCUGGGAGAAGCUUCAAGCUCACAAGGCUCUUGUCUUCCUUCAUCCGACGGGUCUCGACGUAACGCCAAAGCUCAUAGCUUCAGCCCUCCCGCAGCCGAUCGUUGACUACCCUCUCGCAACUACCCGGGCCGCGGUGGACCUUGUCCUCACCGGGACCCUCCACUCCUGCCCCGACGUCGACGUGAUUCUUUCGCAUGCUGGAGGAACUCUCCCAUUCUUAGCUACCCGUGUGCUGGGGACUCUCAAUAUCCCAGCUCUCGCGAACGUUGUUGCUGUGGGCUACGAGACUGCUCAGGCUGACUUUGCUCGGUUUUACUACGACACGGCGCUUAGUUCCGGCCCAACCCAGCUGGGUGGCCUGCUCGACUUUGCAGAUCCGUCUCACAUCCUUUUUGGAUCGGACUUUCCUUACUGCCCUGACCCGCUGAUUGAGCUUCAGGUCCUUUUAUAUGAGGGGUUUGUUGCUUCUCAUCCGAGAGGGUCAAUUGUUGCACCCGAGGUUCUGCGAGGGAACUCGAUGACCUUAUUGAAGAAACACAGCCAGGGGGCCGAUCCAAAUUGGGACUUUGAAGUGAAGAAGAUGAUGCACGAAUCGAAGAUGUAA